ACUCACCUACAUCUAGACGGUGACUCGAAGAUUCAUGCCACUCGCUCCUAGCUUUAGAGUGAUUAUGAACACAAAUGUUAAAACUCAUGCUGAACAUGGAUAGUGCUGAUAAAAAGUGUUUCUGAGAGAUAACACGCGUCUUUUAUAUAUAAAGGAAAUGCGAAAUGAAAAAUUAGCCCCAGUGUUAGCAGUGAUUGAGUUGAACGUGGUUAACCUGCUGCGUAGUACCAAUGGAGUGGUUUCCUUCCCUAAUUUGGUUGGUCGUGGGCCUCCUUGCUGCAGUUUAUUUCUACUAUAAAAGAAAGUAUUCCUAUUGGAAAGACCGUGGUGUCCCGUACAUUGAACCAAGCAUCCCACUGGGAAAUAUUCCCUGGAAUCGAAGCGGCAAUUUCAAAGAGGUUUUCGAAAAAUUAUACAAAGUCAGAAAUGAAAGUCCUUUUGUUGGAGGGUACUUCUUCUCCCAACCUGUGGUAAUAGCGACUGACUUGGAUUUGAUAAAAAAUGUGCUAGUGAAAGACUUCAGUACUUUUCACGCGCGCGGUGAAUACUCAAACGAGAAACAUGAUCCCAUUUCAGUAAAUUUGGUUUCUUUGGAUGGACCAAAGUGGAAAUUACUUCGUAUGAAACUUUCACCAACAUUCACUUCCGGAAAGAUGAAGUUCAUGUUCCCGACCAUAGUUGAGGUUUCAGAGCGUUUUAAUCAAGCUUUGCGUGAAACGUUGAAAGAAGACAGUGAGAUUGAUGUGAAGGAAAUGCUGGCUCGUUUUACAACUGACGUUAUCGGGACAUGUGCGUUUGGAUUAGAGUGCAACAGCCUGAAAAACCCAAAUAAUGAAUUCCGUAAACAUGGUCGUCUGGCCUUGGACACAUCGGGAAUCAAUUCUAUCAAACGAACAAUAAUGCGAAUCCCAAAACUGGCCGCCCUACUAGGUCUGAGGGUUUUCAGCAAGGAAAUGAACGACUUUUACUUGGGUAUUGUACGUCAAACCAUCGAAUACCGUGAGAAAAAUAAUAUCAGACGGAAUGACUUCGUGGAUCUACUGAUCGAUUUGAAAAAUAACGACACUUUGGAUGAAGAAAAUAAAGUGAAAUUGGAGAGGCUUACAAUGGAACAAACGGGCGCCCAGGCGUUUGUUUUCUUUAUUGCCGGAUUCGAAACUUCAUCCACGGUGAUGAUGUAUGCCUUGUACGAACUAGCACGGAAUCCAGAAAUCCAGGAGAAAUUACGCAAUGAAAUAAACACUGUACAGGAGAAGCAUGAAGGCCGCUUGACUUACGAAGCUAUAAAGGAUAUGGUAUAUUUGGACCAAGUUGUCAACGAAUCUUUGCGGAAAUAUUCACCUUCUCUUGCGUUGCGACGUAUAGCGCAGGAAGAUUAUAAAGUGCCUAACACGAACCUGGUAAUAGAAAAAGGAACCCCAGUAAUGAUUCCCAAUUAUGAGAUUCAUCACGAUGAACGUUAUUAUCCAAACCCAGAAAAGUUCGAUCCCGAUCGCUUCCGUCCCGAAGUAUGGAAAGCCCGACAUGCUAUGACAUUUUUGAGUUUUGGCGAUGGUCCCAGAAAUUGUAUAGGACUGAGAUUCGGUAGGAUGCAGUCACGGGUAGGCCUUGCGAUGCUGGUGAAAAACUAUCGAUUCGAAGUAUCAAAGAAAACACCAAUUCCAAUUGAAUUUUCACGACAUUCCCGGGUAUUAUCCGUUGACGAUAUGCAUUUGAAGAUUGUGAAAAUUAGCCAUCGUUUCCCUUGGGCAAUCUUACCUGGGAUCAAACUCAGACAUGGUGUCCCGUUUGUUGGAGGGUACUUUUUCUUCCAGCCAGUUGUAGUCGCAACUGAUUUGGAAUUUGUGAAAGACGUGUUGGUGAAAGACUUCAACAAUUUCCACGGACGCGGCGUUUAUACAAAUGUAAAGGAUGAUCCCAUCUCGGCACAUUUGUUUUCUUUGGAUGGACCACAGUGGAAAUCACUUAGGAUGAAACUUUCACCCACAUUCACUUCCGGGAAGAUGAAAUUCAUGUUCCCGACCAUAGUUGAUGUAUCAGAGAGAUUCAAUGAAGCCUUGAAUGAAACGUUGGUAGGGGGUAGUGACUUUGAUGUGAAGGAAAUGCUUGCUCGUUUUACGACUGACGUUAUCGGGACAUGCGCUUUUGGAUUGGAAUGUAACAGCCUAAAGGACCCAAAUACUGAAUUUCGUAAAUAUGGUCGAAUGGUCUUUGACGCAUCGGGAAUUAACUCUAUCAAGCGAACUAUUAUGCAAGUCCCCAAAGUAGCUGGAAUGCUGCGUUUGGCGCAAUUCAACAAGGAGAUAAACAACUUUUUCUUGGGUAUUGUACGUCAAACUAUCGAACACCGUGAAAAAAAUAAUAUAAAGCGAAACGACUUCAUGGAUCUACUGAUUGGCUUGAAAAAUAACGAUGCUUUGGAUGAAGAAAAGAAAAUCAAAUUGGAAAAGCUUACUAUGAAAGAAGUGACCGCCCAGGCAUUCGUUUUCUUUGCCGCUGGAUUCGAAACCUCGUCUACAGCAAUGAUGUUUGCCUUGUACGAACUAGCACUAAAUCCAGAUAUGCAGGAGAAGUUGCGUAAUGAAAUAAACACUGUUUAUGCGAAAUAUGAAGGUCGCUUGAGUUAUGAAGCAAUGAAGGAGAUGGUGUAUUUGGAACAAGUGAUAAACGAAUCUUUACGAAAAUAUCCACCUGCAGUUUCAUUGCGACGCACAGCCCAAGAGGAUUAUAAAGUGCCAAACACGAAACUGGUAAUAGAAAAAGGAACGACUGUGUUAAUUCCCGCUUACGAGAUUCAUCAUGAUCAUCGCUAUUAUCCAAAUCCAGAGAAAUUCGAUCCUGAUCGCUUCCUUCCUGAGGUAUGGAAAGCCCGGCAUCCAAUGACAUUCUUGAGCUUUGGCGAUGGUCCCAGAAAUUGUAUAGGUUUGAGGUUUGGUAGAAUGCAGGCACGGGUUGGACUUGCAAUGCUCCUGAAGAACUACCGGUUCGAAGUGUCUGAGAAAACACCAAUUCCAAUCGUAUAUUCUCGAGAAACUCCGGUAUUAUCUCCUGACGAAGGAAUGUUCUUGAAGAUUGUGAAACUUUAAGUUCUUAGGACUGAACUAAAAGUAUCUUUGAUAGUGUCCGGAUCGGCUUUUAAUCUGUACAUUCAGUUCUGUAACGAUCUUUACGACGAUUUGUAGUAUGCCAAUUUGACUAAUAAAUUCUACGUUCAUUUUCGUUAGAAGUGAUAACGAAUUGUGUAGUUUUCGUCUUAUUGCACCAGAAGCUAAGGAGAGCCAAGCUGAAAAAUUGAGUGCUUUAUGUAAAAGAAGUUUUGUGAUUUGUCACUGUAGCCAAAUUUUGAAGAAGCAACUCAGAUCAAUCCGUAUGCGUAAAUAAUAUUGUAUACUCUUUGGUAUAUGAAAAACCCCAUGGCACCGACUACGACGAAAGGCGUCCGACGGUUGUAAUUCCUGGGAUAUUGUAGCGUUCACGACACUAAAAACAGACAAAUCU